AUGGAAUUGAUUAAUGACCUAGUUGUUGAAGAAACUGAUAAUGGUAAUAGCGAACUGGAUGAACAAAUAAUUAAUUCUUUUAGCAUAGAUUCUUGGAAGGAGUGGAAAUUGAAGUCUGGUAAUAGAGUAAUUGAUAUUUUAAAAAAUGCAUCUAAUCUUAAUGGACAUAAAUUAAGGCAAGGAUCUUUAGAUACUAUGAAUAAAGAAUUGGAAACACUUAGACAAAGAGGUCCAGAAGCAUCACUUCAAGAUCCAAUGAAUAAAUUCUUUUGUGCCAUUUUAUCAGACUUUAAUAAGUUUGUAUAUCCAAACAAUGCUUUGAUUCAACGUGGAAUAGAUUCAGAAAAAACAACAAAAUCAAUAUUAGAAUUACAUGAGGAACACAAUUACAAUAUUUUUGAAGAAAAUUCACCUCUUUACAGAGGACUUCCAAGGACAGUUACUCCAUGUAAAGAUAUUCAUCGAGAUGGCAUCAAUUCAAUUUGCACUGAAAGUGAACCAGAUAGUUAA